AGUGAGGACUGAGGAGUCCGUAACAUUUCUCUUCCGAUUGCCAUCACUUAGCCCAGUGACUGACUCAGUGCUAAUUCGUUUGGUACUUUCUACUGUUGUUCACAAAGGGAAAAAUCUUUUCGCAGAUUCCAGAAAGAUUCCAUGGCCAAUUCGAUGCUCAUUGCUGCUGAGAGUCUCUGUAUUCUCCCAAAAAUUAGCCAAAACCCAAAGGGGCUAUCUUUUAUUGGCUCAAAUGUGAGAGGAACCCAACUUCCCAAUCUGAGUCUGUUUUCUCAACCCAGAAGAAAGAAUCAAACCCUAGCUCCAAAAUGCAGCAUUUCUGCAUCCAGGCCAGUCUCAAUGCCAAGAUUCAUUCAGCACAAGCAGGAGGCAUUUUGGUUCUACAGGUUCCUCUCUAUUGUGUAUGACCAUGUGAUAAACCCAGGGCACUGGACAGAAGACAUGAGAGAUGAUGCCCUUGAACCAGCUGAGCUGAAUGACAGGAAUUUGACUGUGGUGGAUGUUGGGGGUGGCACAGGGUUCACCACUCUGGGGAUAGUGAAGCAUGUGGAUGCCAAGAAUGUUACCAUUCUUGAUCAGUCCCCUCACCAGCUUGCUAAGGCUAAGGAGAAGGAGCCCUUGAAGGAUUGCAAAAUCAUUGAGGGUGAUGCUGAGGAUCUUCCCUUCACCACUGAUUAUGCUGAUAGAUAUGUUUCUGCUGGGAGUAUUGAGUACUGGCCAGACCCACAGCGUGGAAUCAGGGAAGCAUACAGAGUUUUAAAACCUGGAGGAAAGGCUUGCCUAAUUGGUCCUGUUCACCCGACGUUUUGGCUGUCGCGAUUCUUUGCUGAUGUCUGGAUGCUCUUUCCAAAGGAGUCGGAGUAUCUUGAGUGGUUUGAAAAGGCUGGAUUUAAGGAUGUUCAACUCAAGAGGAUUGGCCCAAAAUGGUACCGUGGGGUUCGUAGACAUGGUCUGAUCAUGGGCUGCUCCGUAACUGGUGUAAAAACCGACUCUGGAGACUCACCGCUACAGCUUGGUCCAAAGGCUGAGGAUGUCUCAAAGCCCGUGAAUCCGCUUGUGUUUCUUCUGCGCUUCAUGUUGGGGGCCAUGGCAGGAGCAUAUUAUGUUUUGGUUCCCAUAUAUAUGUGGCUCAAGGAUCAGAUCGUUCCGAAAGACCAACCAAUAUGAGAAAUAGCAGAGAAGAUCUCGUAGUUUCCUGGUUUUAUAGAUUAUUAGGUGAGCUACUGUCGUAAUAAUAAAUGUAUUAUUAUAUGAAUGUAGUGUGGUGCUUGUUGCUACUGUCAGUAAUAUGCUCAUGUGUGUCAUUGAUGUAUGUCUCCCCGUAUUGAGCUCCA